UACCCCGCCGCCCAACCAGUCAGCGUACAACCGGGGAGAGAGUAGACAUGCAGGAUCCUGACUAGAUUUCUCCGGAGUUUGAGGACGAGCACUGAGUUAUGACGGAGUGCACCAUUAAACCAGAGUCUGUGUUUUGUAACUGAAUCGUAUAAAUCACAGAAUAAGAAAAUCAGCGCAGGAGAAAUAGUUGAAAGCCAGCACCGGUCUGACAGUCAGCGUGUGGGAAUGGCAGCUCCCCGGCCGAUAAAAGGCAUCCUGAAAAACAAGAACAGCGCUACAAACAAGUCGCUGCCCGACGAUGAGCCAAAAGAGAUUACAGAACAAGUCCCGGGGCUCUCGGAGGAUGACCAACAGAAGAAGUCCCAGAAAUGGGAUGAGAUGAACAUCCUGGCCACAUACCAUCCACCUGACAAAGAUUACGGCCUGAUGAAGAUCGAUGAACCCAGCACACCUUACAACAGGAUGAUUGGGGAUGACGAAGAUGAAGGGGCACUGAGUGACUCAGACGGCCAAAGUGGACUUGCAGUGGAUGACCUGGCAUCAAAGCUGGUGGCAGCAGAGGGCUCAGAGCCUCGCUUCAUGAAAGAAGAGGAGGAGAGCAGCGAGGAGGAGGAAGAGGAGCUCACUCCUGAAGAACAAGCCAAAAAGAAACAGUUUCAGAUGAUGAGGAAGAUGCACUACAAUGAGGGCCUGAACAUCAAGCUAGCCCGCCAGCUCAUCGCCAGCGAGCUAGAAGACGACGAAGACGAGGAGAUGAGAGAUGACACGGAGGAGACGGAGGAGAUCAGUGUUGACCCGCCACAGGAAGCUGAUUCUCUGGACUCAUAGAUGCCGUCUCCUACCUUCAGUCCUGCGUGUGUUUGUGUGUGCGUGUAUUUGUCGACUCAAGAAUCAGAAAGACAAUGCUGCUGAUGUUUUUAACACUGAGCAACACAGCAAAACACCGCUUCAACACCCAUAUAACAACUCUCAGCAGCCAUUAAACUCCCGGUCACACGUCUGGCUCUACUUUUCCUUCCAACUGUGCAAUAUGACACACUGGUUUUUUCAACCCCCACAGUCUGUACAACACACAAAAGAAGACUGUUGCUCCCUCCUCUUCCCUCUCCUGUUGCCAAGAAUUUCUUCCUCCCGCCUCUUCUGAACUGGCGUCACAGUGAAGGGUGUGAUUCUGACCCUGAAUGGAGGAUCAAGGCCUUUAAAAAAAAAAAAAAAAAAAAGUACCAGGACUCAUGUCUGGCCACUCCACACGGUUCCUCUGUCGGCCACAGAGCCAGCACAUCAGCCCUGGAGGAAGCCAGGGGAAACCCCACGACCUCUUCAAAGGCGUAUCCGAGACAUGACGACGGCUCUUUCACCGAUGGCUGUGAAUAUUUUUUUUUGGUAUGUUUUUGUUUUGCUUUAUAACCCGCUGCUCUGUUGUGUUGUCCUUCCCCCUUCAGUACUGUCUGUGAUAAAAGUUGGUCAAAAUGAUGACCAGUUUGUUUGUUUGCUUUCAUCCACACUCACGUUUUUUAACAGUUAUCUGGUAAUGCUGAAGACUUCUCAUUAGCGUAAUGGUGUUAAAAUAAGUUGGGGAUUCUGUAUGUAGCCCACAAAGUUAAAAUUUUGCCACCAAAAAAAUAAUAAUAAUCAAAAUUUGAUGCCUUACAUUGAUUAAACUCCUGACAUUUGUAAUAUGUAGAGCAGUGCAUCUCAGGUUGAGGGCUGUACUGAGACGGUGUCUUGACCGUGGGGGUGUUGGGCUUUUUGGUUUAUAAGCCACUACUUACAGUGCCUCACCAUGAUACUCUCCCAUAUGGCUACACAUUAACUGUAUUUACAUCGGCACAUUGAUUUGUUUUGUUUUUUCCCCUGGUAUUUCUCAGUUUCAUCAUUUCGGUUUUACAAACAUGCAUACCUCAUCAGCACCUGAUCGAAUCCAGUGAGAAAUUCGGCCUGUAUGACGUCUACUGAGGCACUUUUUUUUCUUUUUUUAAAUCAGACUAAACUAAAAUCGGUUUGUUUUUCUCGUGUAUGUUAGGAUAUGAGGGAAGAUCAACGGUAUGAGUGUUCUCUUAUUUUCCUCGCCAGAGCAGUAACGGUAAUUUAAACAGUGUUUUGGGGGGCUGUAUUGAAGUCUUGCUGCUGAGGUAAAACAUCCACUGGAGCGCUUGCUCUGCUCUUGCUUGCAUAAUUUGCCUACUGCAUUAGAGCUUUGACAGAAUCUGUGAUUAUGUUAUUUACUUUGUGUUUUAAGCUUCAUCACACACCAGUUGUCGGACUUGUCGAGUAUCUUGGUGUGAUGCAGUUUGGGAUCUCUGUAGAAAGAGAUGCUGAUGCUACUGACCUUAAUGGAGACGUCGGAAGUGGCUUUCGAUGGUUUUUUGUAAUGUUUGGUGUUCCUGCAAGCGCCGAGGAAGUUGCAACGUAGUCUGAAUCGAGUAACAGAGGAAAGAAAGCAAAGGUCCCGAUCCCGACUACACACUGUAUGACUUGAGUCUAGUAAACAAAGAGGAGGUCUUUGAAAUGAAAAGCGUGCAGGAGCCUUGAUUGUCUCGUGUUUUGAGCUUUCAUUUCCCUCUGACCCUUUAAUUCCUCACUGUGAUUGAAAGUAUUGAGCUUUAUAUUGUGGGAAUGCGGAAAAUCAUUGAAACAUUUGGACUUCUGGAUUUAUUUUAAAGUCUUAUAUAAAAACACCUUCUAAGAGAAACUCUGUAAAGUGAGUGGGGAAAACCAUUCAAGCAGCUAAUUAUCAAAGGGUUCUCAUCAGGAAACAGGAACUCGAUGUUCUCUAGAAGCUCUUCUUCUUCGAUCACUGAAUCCAUAGACUGAUAGAAGAGUUCAGAGGACUUCACCUUCUCACUUAGAUAAAAAGGACAAGAUUAAAAUCUGACACGAUCACCCCGUAGGUGGUUAUUACCGAUCAAAAGAAAACGUGCCUCUCAUGUAUCUUUGUACAUGUGUGUAAAAUGAACAGGAUAUGCCCCGUUGUUUGUUUCCCGUGUUUCGCACAACUUGUUUUUUUUCCCCCCGGUUUGCUUUCUAAGGAUGAUAGACUGUUAAGCAGCCCCACGACUUUGCACUGUCUCAGAGUGACAUGGAUGUUAAAUCCAUGUUUGUACUUUUUUUUUAAACUACCAGACUGCAUGUUCUUUGCAUCAUCAGAUUGUCUAUAUAUAUAUUUUUCCUUUCUUUUUUGUCUCUGACCAUUAAACACACGUUGUUAGGAAUUCCUGUCGUGUGGUUUG